AUGUCAGUUGCCAGAAACAGAAGCGCUGCAGUCUCCCCGCUGACUCUCACAGGCAGCUUCAUGGAGUGUGCGGGGGAGCCGAGGCUUUUCGAGGCCGGUAACUUCUUGGCCGUCCCGGGCCUCAGCUCCUUGGACGUGGACGACGAUGAGGGCGAGGUGGCCAUUGGCAUCAGGCCCAAAUCCUCUCCGCUCCCUCGGAGAAAGAGCUCUUUGAGUGAUGAAGACUCGGAGUUUGAGCCUCCACCCUGUGGGUCUAGGAGAGUGUCCUUUGCAGAUGCCAAAGGCCUUAGCCUAGUGCAAGUGAAGGAGUUCGACACGUGGGAUAUACCUAAACUGCCGGGAUAUGAUGCACUGGAGCGUAAAGGUACAGAUGCAGGGGAGUACCACCUCACACCUUUUACUUUUUCUCUUCCGCUGUCUUCCGAGGAGCUACUUGCCAAAGUCCAAGAACAGAAAAUAGAGCUGGAAGCAAUCGAGUUACUACCAGGGACCACCAUAGUAAAAGGUGUCAUCCGCGUCCUGAACAUUUCCUACAGUAAGGCAGUGUACAUCAGAACAACUUUGGACAACUGGUCCACCCACUAUGACCUCCUGGCGGAGUACAUCCCCGGGUCCAGUGAUGGUGUGGUGGACUGCUUCUCAUUUAAGCUCACGUUAGUGCCUCCGUUUGGGAGACAGGGAGUGAGAGUCGACUUUUGCCUGCGGUACGAAACUCCAGUGGGAACAUUCUGGGCUAACAAUAACAACAGAAACUACGUGCUCUACUGUCAUCACAGAAUGAAAGAGGAGCUAGAGAAAACAGCGACCGAAAAUGUGAACAAGAAGAGCUGCCUAAAGACUGUCAGUCAGAACGUGUCAACUAUGGAAAACAAUUCAUCUGAGCAGGCCUCAGCACAGCAAUAUAUGGAAACAGAUGUGUCUGACAAAGGAAAAGAAGUAGCCAAGAAAGUCUCUGAUGGUACGUCAAGAAAAUCAGCCAAAGAGGGACAGAAAUUACUGAUGGAGAAUAAACAGAACAACAGCCGGAGACGGCAGAGAAAGGCGGCGCGGAUCGCCAAAGUCAGGGACCACUUUGCUCAAAGGGACAGAAAAGCAAAUGACUCACUUCCAGAAAUAAAACAGCCAACGGAAGAUGUAAUCUCAGGGGGGAAACACGCAGAUGUACGGCCAUUCUCUGAGGGGAACGGCGGAGCAGAACGUUCUGAGUUUGUUUAUGAAGUUCCCCAUAAUGUCGCACAUGAGCACACGUCUCAAAAAGAGCAAGGGAAAUCUGACCUGACCGCGUCAGCGCCAGCUGUGGGUGUCACGGAUAUCCCAGCCGUCCUGCUGUGCUCAGCUGAUGGGUCUGCACAAGCAGAGCAGCCAAAUAUCCACCAGAGUCCGAGCACGAGCCGUGCAGCUGCGGACAGCACAGCUGCACAAAGCGGCCAGAGCCUCGCUAGCCAGGCAAGUGGCUUCACGUUUGGAACAGUGGUGGCUCCUUUGUAUCAUCAGGUGUUUGGCGUUGCAAGAAGCGGAGGCCAGAUUGCGGGAGAUGAGGAAAAUCCCGUGGAUCACGGGAUCACCGAUCCCCUCGACCAAAGAGGGCAGACGGCUCCGACAGAAAUGAAAACAAACUGUUGCAAGGUGAAGGAAGAUGCCGCCGAUGACCGGGAAUCAGACCGCGAAAGCUUAAAUUCCACACAAAGAAGCUCCCCUCCAGAAGAAACAAACCAUACAUGCACUGUGCAAAAUCCAGCAGAGAUUAAAAAUGAGCCGGGGCAGAUUUCUGCAAAUACAGUAAAAGGUCCAGAGCCUUUUUUUGGAGACACAUCACAACGUCUAGAUGCCGCGAAUGUUUCAUUAGAUGCAAACCGGUCGAAUCCACAAACACUCACGGAGUGUGUCUUCCAGGGGGGAGCCGAGGAAGACAAGCUGACCCAUGGCUGCUCCGAGCCACCCGAAUGUCAGCAGCCAGAGCAGACAACAGCACCGGUGGUUGCUCAUGUCGAUGAAACACUCGCAAUGAGUAACAGGCGAGAGGUUUCGGGGCACAUUAACAAAGAAGAAGAACAGCUGACCGGCUGUGAUCGUGCAGAGGUGAACCAUUCUGACCACAUCCAAAGUCUGACCACAUCCAAAAUCAGUUCACCUUUAGACGAUGAUAAACUGGUGCAAGUUUUGGAGGAUGACACAUUUACAGCCAGCAGCAUGAGUAACCUUGUGUCCGUCUGUCAACCGGAGGCGAGGGGUUUAGUGACACCUGGAACCUCUUCAGAAACAAAAGAGAAAGCUGGCAACAGGGAGGGAGAACGUGAAGGAGUACUCGUGCCACAGGAAGCUGUAACAAAUCCCUCGGGUGAUGUAAGUCCCAAAGUAGCUGAAUCUGCAACAGAAGAAGGGGCGACUAACAACAUCCAGGCUGAUGUGUUUGAGCAGCAUAAAGACGAAACACCUCUGGAAACCACAGAGCAUUAUGAGAUGGAGGCAGCUGCCUCGAAAGAGGGGGAAGAUUUUAAUUCCGCACAUAAAAAUGAGGAAAAAAAUUGGGAAAUGAUGGUUGAAGAGGAGGAAAGUAACAUACUAGUUUAUGAAGAUGGAAUUGAGCUCGUAAAUGCAGAGGCAACGGACUCUGAUCCAGCCGGGACAGUUUACAUUGGGAUGAAAAACGUGGAGGAAUUAGUGGAGGAGAUGUUUGUCGCAGGAGGGAGAGAGGACACGGCGGACAACACAUUGGAGCUUGAAGAUGAGGAGAUGAUGAGAGAGGCAGAAAGCGUGGAGAUCACUGCUGAUAAAGACUCUGAAUGCGAUUGUGUUCAAGUCACCGAGACAGAUGAGACCGUCGGUGCAGAAGAAAUACCCGAAACAGAUAAAAAGGAGCAGCCGGCGGAGGCGGAAACGCAGUCGGAGAAGCAUUUUGCCGAGAUACACGAGGUCGGCGUGGGGAGGCCAAAGGUCGACGAUGGAGAGAUGGUGGAGGCGGAGGGAAAAACCGAGAUACACUUGAAUCAUGAAAGCAAAGCAGGUGGGGAGCAAGAGGAUCAGAGAGAGGUAAACCAGAAAAACAAAGAGGAGCAGGAUUCCGACUGUAACGGCUAUUUAGUGGCUGAUGAAGCCGGAGAGGCGGAGACAACAGGUGCAGGCUCAUACAUGGAAAUGAAGGAGAGGGCUGAUGAGAUGGGCUGUUGUGAGGAGAGGUCAGGCGCCGCACCAAACAGGGUCGCCGAUGGUUUAUCCGCUCUGGUGAGCAAUGUACUGGAUGUGGACAAGGGAGAUACGAGGGAGGGCCAACCAACACAGGAGGAGGCAGGCGACGGCGAAGGACGAGGACAAGAUGGCCGCCUGCCGGUGGACGAGCCCGAGAGUGACGGCGCCUCGGCGGGGUCGGACUCGGACGACGAGGUGGAGCUGUACAUGCACUGUCUGAGGGCCGUCGGGGGGCCGGCGCCGGCCCGCAAAGACCGGAUCAAAGGCGCAGGUCUGACUGGGGUCAGGAGGCCCUCGUUAAGCCGGGGGAAACCGCCUCCCGCACCCAUGCCGUCCAUCCGCGAGUCCGUGGACGAGGAGCAGCACGCCGGCGGCAGCGAGGACGGAGCGGGCGCGAGGGCGGCGGAUCGGGAAGCUUUUGGCGAGUCAGUUGGGCCGGCUGGAAGUGUCCCAGGGGUAUCGCGGUGGAAGGAAACCUUUUCCUGCAGCAACAUCCUAAAAGCACUGAUAUACGCCUCACUGUUGGUGGUAUUUUUGGUCGUGGCACACCAUUAUGAUUUCCUUGCCUGUCUCGGCCUCUACUUGAUAUCUUUGGUUUGGCUUUGGUGCCAAAGAGAUAAGCAAACAGUAAAAAACAACAAGGCAGACUGA